AUGUCCGGGCGCAAGCUCGGAGGCGGGCGCAUCUUGGGCAACGGCAAGGGCCUCGCCCCGCCCACAGCAGCAGCAGCGUCGUCGUCAUCGCCGUCACCCUCAACCAUUGCCGCCAUCCAUCGCGCCGCCAGCCCCUAUGCGCCCUCCGACAGCAGCACCGUCUCCUUCAUUUCGCCCAAUUCCACGCGCGAAUCCAUCUCCCCGUCAUCCUCCGCCCCGCUCCCUCACAUUCCGCAAGACCUCGUGUCCAAUGUCAGCUUGCCCGGUCCUUCCAAUGGCGGCGGCCAAUCCGUCGGCGCCAACGACAACCGACUCGUUUGCCCAAUAUGCCAAGAGGAAAUGGUCACCCUGCUUCAAUUGAAUAGACACAUCGACGACGUCCAUCAAGAGUUGCCCGAAGAGACACAAGAUGAAGUCAAGAGCUGGUUCGACAAACAAGUCCGCAAAGCGAAAAAGUUUCAGCCGUUGAACAUCAUCAACCAGACCCUGCGCGGACUUGAUGUUUUCGAAUCCAACGAGACGCAACCUGUGCUCGCGACCAGCGCCAUCGCCACCGCACCCGGACGACCCGCAGAAAAGGCAGUAGACCCAGAGGAACUAGUCACCCGACACCACUGGCAGAGACCAACGGGGAACGACCCCUGUACCGACCCGACAUGUACAAGAAAGUUAGGGCCGUUUAGUGGGCUGGUCAAUUGUCGGAAAUGCGGUCGCCUGUUUUGCGAGGAACACACCAUGUACCAGAUGAAGCUGUCGCGAUCGGCCAACCACGAACCGGUACGAGGGAUAUGGUGUCGAGUGUGUGAGACUUGCUUCAAGAGUAGGGAGGGGUACAAUGAUCACCAGGGAACGGUGAGGGAUCACAUGGCCGAGUUCAAGGCAAUACGAGCAAAGAGGGUGGACAGACAUAAACUGGAGGUACAGAGGCUAGAGAAAAGGUUAACUAAGCUGACGAGGCUCUUGGCUGAGAUGCCGCCGGACGAGGGGUCAGGGUUAUUGGCCUUGACGGGCCAGAAAAGCCAGCGAAAAAUGAUUGAGCAAAGUGUGGUUAGCUGGGAAGAGGAUGGGGCAGUUUCAAAUUGCCCGUUUUGCAAGCAAGAGUUUGGGAGUUGGACGUUUAGGAGACAUCAUUGUCGGAUAUGUGGGAAAGUGGUUUGCGCCGAUCCCGAGACGGCUUGUUCGACAGAGGUUGGGUUGGAUGUUGCGCAUCCAACGAUAAACACCGAAAAGCCACCCGGAAUCGUCACCACCACCCUCGACAUCCGCAUGUGCCGCGACUGCAAAUCAACCAUUUUCUCUCACCGCGACUUCGCCGCUUCCAUAGCACACAAACCACCAGAUCAACGCGCCUACGAGACCCUGCGGCAGUUCGAGCGAGGCAUCCGGAUGUUGAUGCCCUCUUUUCAAAAAGCCCUCUUGGCUCUCCAACCCCCGAACGAAGACGACUACCGACAGGAUAAACCUCCACCGACGUCUGCUCAAGUGCAAGAAGCCGCCAAGAUCCGAAAACGACUGACAGAUGCCUUUGCAAAGUACGACCUUGCCGCGAGGAGGCUAAGAGACAUGAAGACGGAUAGCCCGACGCAGUUGAGGUUGCAGCAGUCUGUGUAUGCUGCCGCGUCGGCCUUCCUUCACGCCAACCUGAUUCCUCUGAAAUCGGUGCCCCGAGUAUUGCGCAGUAACAGCAUGCAACACCAACACCGUCGCUUACUCAACGGGUCAACAUCCACCCUCUCCCCCUUACGAAAAGGGGAGUCUGCCUUCUCCAAAGACGUCGAGACAUCCAGUAAUGCCGGAGCAAGCGAAGCCAGUGUCGUCCAAUCAGAAUUGGACAUCGAGGAGAAAGAGGCAAAGGAGAGGCUGGUGGUGCUUGAGGAACAGAUGUUCAUGGUGCAGGAGAUGUUGAAGAGCGCGAGGGCGCAGAGGCGGUUUGAGGAGGUUAGCGCGUUGAAUCGGAACGUGGAAGAACUGGAGGCGGAGAUUGAGAGAGCCAAAGAGGGGGUUAGAGGGGUUGAGGAGCGGAUGGGUGCUCUGUACAUUGGUGGAUAAGAGAGUGUCGAGUACUAUGGUUAUGGGUCUUUUCUUGGGGAUUAGCAUGGCGUAGGAGUUUUGGAGCAUUACCGCAUUGGGUAUUGUUAGUUUGGCGACAGAUCAGAGGGUGUAGUUGGAAAAUUGAGCAAGUGUCACAGCAGCCCGAGGUCUCUCUCGUGGUGUACCAUAGGCAUAUCGUCCGGCGGUUCAUAUUCUCUAACGACGUAUUCGAGCCCGUCGAUUUCAU